AUCUCUUAAACACGCACACACACAUCACGAAUCGAGCGUCUCGUUUGACGGGGAGCAGAUUUUGGGGGAUAGAGGCGGCUAAUAUGAACUUAAAGGGUUAUAAUAGAAACUGUGGUAGAAGAAAAUGAUUGGAAUAAGCCAAAAGGUCUUUGUGGUGAUGGUGCAUUUCAUUACACUCUCCAUGGCUCAUCAUCAGAGCAGCCUCCACAGGUCAGUGGAGGAUGCGCUGGAGCACACUCGGGGUCAUGCACUGCCAGGGCUCUGCAGCUACGGUCAGACUACUUCCUGUUGUUUGGGAUGGAAGAAUGUUAGCGGCAUUUGUCAGCCGGUGUGCAAGAAGUCAUGUGCAAAUGGAAAAUGCGUGGGACGAGACAAGUGUUUAUGCUCCACAGGAUAUAAAGGACCUCAGUGUGAUGAAGAUGUGAAUGAGUGCGGUUUCCUGGAGAGACCAUGUUCCCAGCGCUGCAUGAAUACACACGGUAGCUAUCGCUGUUACUGUGAACCUGGAUACACACUCAGUGCAGAUGGAUACACCUGUACCAGAGAAGCCGCAUGUUUCUCCCUGCGCUGCCAGUUUGGUUGCCAGAUGGAGAGAGGGGGAGCGGUGCGCUGUCUGUGUCCCCCCGGCCUCCACCUGGCCGCUGACAACAAGACCUGUGAAGAUGUAGAUGAGUGUCAGCGGGAUGCUGACGUGUGUCCACCACGGCGGACCUGCAAGAACACUUUCGGCAGUUUUGUGUGUGUGUGCCAAGACGGCUUUGUGAUGGGGACACUCCAGGGCUCGCUGCAGUGUCGAGAUAAGGAUGAAUGUUUAAUUGGGUCUCACCGGUGCAGCCGCCAUGCUCAGUGUGUCAACACAGAUGGUUCCUACACCUGCCAGUGUUUGGAGGACUACUUCGGCAACGGACGCACCUGCUGGCCCAAGAGAGCCCCACAGUCCAAGGCUAUCAUGUACUUCAAUUACAAACUCCUCAAAAGGACCAAGCCCAUGCAACCUUCAUCUUAGAGCAACUUCUUGCAACCUACGUGGCUCAAAUGAAAAGGGACACGCAACAUUAGAGGGUAACUGAAGAGGUGUUCGGGUUAAUAAAAUGGUUAAUAGAGGCGAGGAAGUUUUCAGCACUCUCAGAACUUGCUGUUAUGCCAAGUAUUUUGUAAAGUAAUAAUAAUUUUCAACACAACUGGAAACCUUGUUGGCGUUUUUUUCUGUUCAAGGCUGUUAUUUCUCUUCCUAGCCAGCAAGGCAAAAACCUGGAAUACCCAAGCACCAUUAGUUGCCUGUUUGAUGUCUGUUGAAAGAACCCUUCAUUUAGGAAAUACACUGCAACGGGACCACACUCUGUACUUUGCUUGUGUGCUUCAGCCCAAAUGGACUAUGUUGACAGAAGGGUUUUCCUUGCGCUGGCAUCACCAGUGUCACAGAAACACCACCCCUGUUGCACGUGGGAUCUACUUUGUCCAGUGAAACGCUGCACAACAUUUUAAAUACUUCUUAUCAGUUGCUGGUAAUUUAUUAAAUAUGCCAUUAAAUGCAAGUUUUCUUAAUGAAAAAAAGCAGUUUUCUGAGACUUUCCUAAGAAUUUGUCAAUAAAAGGCUGACCUCUGGUGGAUAGAUAAGGGUAGAUACUGUAUCUCUGCUACCUUGGCUGGUGAAACAAAAUGCUGUGAAAGGAUAUCUGCUGUGAUUUGUAACUCUACCAUAUAUGAUGUGUUUGUAAAGGGUUGUUAUGAUGUUAUUUUUCUGAAUUUUAAAUUAAAAAUCUAUCGACAAA